AUGGCGCGUCGAGCGCAGGUCGAUGUGAGCGUAACAGAUAGUCCUCUUGCAAACUUUGAAUCGCUUACACAGGCGUCUGUCAUCGCAGUCAUGGGAGCUGCCAUUGUCAUAUCAAAUAUUCUUAUCAUAGCGUCAUUUCUGAACUUCAAAGGACUUUCGAACGAAGUGAUCAAUUACUAUUUACUGUCGCUGGCGGUUGCGGAUCUAUUGUGCGGAGUGUUCGUGGUGCCUUUAUCGGUACAAACGCGCACUAGAAGUCAGUGCUGGAUGGUUUUCACUUGGAUUUCGGCUGCGAUGCUUUGCCUACCGCCUCUGCUCGGAUAUAAAAAGGAAGCCAACUUCGACAAGGAGACGUUUAUCUGCAUGCUGGACUGGGCACUACAUACGCUUAUACUGCAACGCUCGCCAUUUUAG